AUACAGAUCUAGGGCUUGCCUUAGCUAGACGUUUCGAAAAAUUCAGAAACGAUAAACAUCAUCGUCAAUUCAGACAUUUUUUCAACUUACUUGCUAUCGAGAAGUGCUGAGGUUUGAAGCUAGGCAAAAUUGUCUGUAAAAUCAACACAACUCGUGGAUGUUGCAGUGAAAAAUAUCCUAAAACUGAUUACAACUAGAUCACGUGGAUUUCAUACGAUAAAGAAAGCUUAUCUCGAGGAAACUAACUCACUAUGGAACCGAUGAGCGUUAGACCAAGUAAACGAGAAUACGACACCCCGGCGAAGGAUCAAUUGAACGAUCAGUUAACAUUUAACCCGAAUCGGAACAGACAAAAUAAUUUACAAACCCACGAAGAUUCGUUCGAUGGUUCAAUGGACUGUCGUUUGCAUCCUUCGACCUUCACUUUAAGAUAUGUGAGAGAGUUUCGAUCACCGGAUGGCGAAGAAUAUAUCAGAAAAGACUACAGCACCGGACAGGCCAACGAACUCGGGUUUUCUGCCUGCGUAAGCAUAGAAUCGAUGAAGAUAACAUUUAUUAACGAAGGCUGUCAGAUGUUGGUGGACGAUGAUCUAAAAGCAGAAAUAAUGAUCGCGAAGCCGGAAUUAUUGGAUCAAACACGCAAUUUUGAACAGGCAAAGAAAGUUCUGCUGGAUCGGCUGCGCGUUGAGAAAGUGCUUUCCGAUGGUCUUUUAGUAAGUCGAAACCAACUACGAACAGAAUUCCGAGGAACUCUUAAAAAUAUAGUAUCGAAAGCCAAUUGUCAGUUAGUCACGGACUGUAUUAAUUUGAAGAAAAUUCUGCAAAAGUACAGUCAGAUUGAUUAUCAGAUCGUGUGUAAAACAGUUAUCGACAAACAGAUAUGUUCUGUGGAACUUCGAGAAAUCGCAACUAAAUUGUAUGAUGCCGAAUGCGGUGUGAAAAAAAGAACUGAACUUCUUCCACCAAUUAUUAUUACACCGGAAACGGACUUUUCUGAAUUGAACACAGCCCUGAAGUGGUUAGACUGCACUCUUCAGCACGUGGGAGAGUUUCGUUCAUCGGAUGGUAAAGAAUAUAUCAGGAAAAAUCAGAUUAGCAGAAAACCUAACGAACUCGGGUUUUCCGCCUGCUUAAGCUCGGAAUCUGGUAAGAUAACAAUUAUUAACGAAGGCUGCCAGAUGUCUAUGGAUGAUGAUCUAAAGGCAGAAAUAAUGAUCGAGAAGCCGGAAUUAUUGGAUGAAACACGCAGUUUUGAACAGGCAAAGAAAGCUCUGCUGGAUCAGAUUCGGUUUGAGAAAGUGCUUUUGGAUCGUGUUUUGGAAAAAUGAUACCAACUACUAAGAAGCUGCGUAAACAUAAGAAACUUCCAACAUGAUCGUGUGCCGUUGCUCGGAUUGCGUCUGAUAAGCAAUUUUGGUUAUGGAAUUAAGUUCGAAGAACUCAUGGAACGUGUCAAGUUGAAACUGUUAUUAACUGAGCUGUAUGAUGCCGAAUGUUUUUUAUUGAGAAGACGUAAACUUUUUCCACACCUUCCAGAAUCAAAUGUUCCAGAAAUUCAUAAGGAAUUUGCGGACAAUCUAUACAGACGCAAUGCAGAACUUAAAGUCUUUCGACCUGUUCAAUUAUUCUUUAAUGCAAAAUUCGCACAUAAUUUGCUAAGCAAAAGAAAUAAUUCUUAGCAAAAGAAA